AUGGGUGCCCAGGGAGUGGCCCAGUUGUCUGGGGAAAUGAUGUACCGGGAAACACACACCCGACUGGACCUAAGUGGAGGCCAAACUAAGCCCAUCCUGGGAGCCGGCCAAUGCCAUAUCCUCCCCCUCCUUUAAGGACCAGCUAAGUCAGUUCCUCCAUCUCUCACCUCUCAGCAUCUUCCUGUGUGGUUCUGGACCACCUGUUGCAGUCCCAGUUUGCCAUUCCCAAGCUCACAGAAGUCAUGGAGAAAAGGAGGCCCAAACACAUGGAGAAAACAGUGAGGCAAAGACAUGGCUGGGAUCCCAGCACAGACUUCCUGUCCUCCUGCGGUUGCAGUCUUGGCUGAGCUGAGCUCUUUCCUCACAGUGUUUGGCUUGGAUGUUAGACUAGGACCCACAAUCCCACCCAGUAUACCAUCCAGCCCUGUAAGGGGUCUUCUGCCUCUAAACACACUUGGUCUUGUCAAGCCUUUGCGAGUGGUGCUCUUUCUGCCCGACAUGCCCUUGCCACUCACCCUUCUCUACCUGAUGAUCACACCCUAA